AUGCGUAGGUGGCUGUGUUGUACCUGCCAAGAUGAGGAGCCUUACCAAUCAAAUGAAAAUGAGAUCCUUAAGAGUCCAAACAAUCAUGCUGAUGGGCAUCAAAGAGGCCCUAAGGCGCCAGCUCCUGUGAAGCCCGAAGUUCAGAAGGCAGCACCUGUCAUUGAGGUUCCUGCGCUGUCUCUUGAGGAACUGAAAGAGAAAACUGACAAUUUUGGAUCAAAGGCAUUAAUCGGCGAAGGAUCUUAUGGAAGAGUAUACUUAGCACAGUUAAAUGAUGGCAAGGAUGUGGCUGUCAAGAAGCUUGAUGUGUCAUCUGAGCCAGAUUCAAAUGUGGAGUUCUUGACUCAGGUUUCCAUGGUGUCAAGAUUGAAGCAUGAAAAUCUUGUAGAGCUGUUUGGCUACUGUGUAGAAGGCAAUCUUCGUGUCUUAGUUUAUGAGUUUGCAACUAUGGGAUCUCUACACGACAUUUUACAUGGAAGGAAAGGAGUACAAGGUGCACAGCCUGGUCCUGUACUUGACUGGAUGCAAAGGGUAAGAAUUGCUGUUGAUGCCGCGAGGGGGCUGGAAUAUUUGCAUGAGAAAGUGCAGCCUUCAAUAAUACACAGAGAUAUCAGAUCCAGCAAUGUACUUCUCUUUGAAGACUAUAAAGCCAAAAUUGCAGAUUUUAAUCUAUCAAAUCAAGCUCCUGACAUGGCUGCUCGACUUCAUUCUACUCGAGUUCUGGGAACAUUUGGUUAUCAUGCACCAGAAUAUGCAAUGACGGGACAGUUGACACAGAAGAGUGAUGUGUAUAGCUUUGGGGUGGUUCUGCUUGAGCUUCUGACAGGAAGGAAGCCUGUUGAUCAUACUAUGCCUCGUGGACAACAGAGUCUUGUUACAUGGGCCACUCCAAGACUGAGUGAGGACAAAGUUAAACAAUGUGUAGAUCCAAAGCUUAGGGGAGAGUAUCCACCAAAGGGAGUUGCCAAGUUGGCUGCUGUUGCAGCAUUAUGUGUGCAGUAUGAAGCUGAGUUUCGGCCAAAUAUGAGCAUUGUUGUCAAGGCCCUGCAGCCUCUCUUGAAGUCAACUGCCCCUGCUCCAGAGGUUUAA